UCGCUUGCGCCCCCUCCCCGUCCUUGCAGUUUUCCACUUCCAAGAUGGCCGCGGGCGGAGCCGAACAGUUUCUCCUUGGACCAAGAUGACUGAUGGAAACCUUUCCACCUCUACAAAUGGCGUAGCCUUGAUGGGCAUUGUGGAUGGUCGAUCAAGAAACUGUCUUCAGAACCUGCAACCCUUGAGUGUAAAAACACCCAGCUCCCUCUUGGUCCCUGAGUAUGGGCCCACACUAAAACUUGGUGCUUUGGACGAUCGACACAGCCUUCACUCAGUGGACUCGGGCAUUCCUACCCUGGAAAUUAGCAACCCAGAACCUGUCCCUUGCAGUGUGGUCCACGUGAAGAGAAAACAGUCUGAGUCAGAGAUCAUCCCUGAGCGAGCCUUCCAGAGCGCAUGCCCCCUUCCAUCUUGUGUGCACCCAGCUCCUACAGGCACUGAGCAGGAGCAGGCUGUGCGCAAGUCCUCCACAUUUCCCAGGACAGGCUAUGACUCAGUGAAACUCUACAGUCCCACCUCCAAGGCCCUGAGUCGCAGUGACAAUGUUUCUGUCUGCAGUGUGUCUAGUCUUGGUACAGAGCUAUCAGCCACACUGUCUGUUAGCAAUGAGGACAUCUUGGAUCUCAUGGUCACGAGCAGUUCCAGUGCUAUUGUGACCCUGGAGAAUGACGAUGACCCACAGUUUACUGAUGUCACCCUGAGCUCCAUCAAGGAAACCAGUGGCUUACCCCAGCAAGACUGUGUUGAUGAAACUGAGGAGGGGAUAAAAUUGAAAAUACUGGGGCCAUUUAGUAACUUCUUUACAAGGAAUUUGCUUGCUAGAAAACAAAAUGCAAGACUUGACAGACAAAGAGACUUGGGAUGGAAGUUAUUUGGAAAAGUCCCACUCCGAGAGAAUGCUCAGAAAGAUUCAAAGAAAAUACAAAAGGAAUAUGAAGACAAGGUUGGAAAACUGAGCAGGCCACCCUCUCCAAAGCAAAAUGUGAGGAAGAACCUGGAUUUUGAGCCAUUGUCCACCACUGCCCUCAUCCUUGAGGACAGACCUGCAAACCUCCCAGCAAAACCAGCUGAAGAAGCCCAGAAACACAGACAACAGUAUGAAGAGAUGGUGGUACAGGCUAAAAAACGAGAGCUUAAAGAAGCCCAGCGGAGGAAAAAACAACUGGAGGAAAGGUGCAAAGUUGAAGAAAGCAUUGGCAAUGCUGUCCUUACUUGGAAUAAUGAGAUCUUACCAAACUGGGAAACCAUGUGGUGCUCUAGGAAAGUUCGAGACUUGUGGUGGCAGGGAAUCCCUCCGAGUGUAAGAGGUAAAGUCUGGAGCUUGGCCAUCGGCAACGAGUUGAACAUUACCCAUGAGCUGUUUGACAUCUGUCUUGCCCGGGCCAAGGAGCGGUGGCGGACCCUCAGCAUGGGAGGCUCGGAAGUGGAAAAUGAAGAUACUGGAUUUCCAGCGGCAGACAGAGAGGCCAGCCUGGAGCUUAUUAAACUGGACAUUUCUAGAACGUUUCCUAGUCUCUGCAUUUUCCAGCAAGGUGGCCCAUAUCAUGACAUGUUGCACAGUAUUUUGGGCGCAUACACUUGUUACCGACCAGAUGUGGGUUAUGUCCAGGGUAUGUCCUUCAUAGCCGCAGUGUUGAUCUUGAACCUAGAUACUGCAGAUGCCUUUAUUGCCUUUUCUAAUCUUUUGAAUAAACCCUGUCAAAUGGCAUUUUUUCGAGUGGACCAUGGCCUUAUGUUGACUUAUUUUGCUGCAUUUGAGGUAUUCUUUGAAGAAAAUUUGCCGAAAUUGUUUGCGCAUUUCAAGAAAAACAACUUAACUCCAGACAUCUACCUAAUCGAUUGGAUCUUCACUUUGUACAGUAAGUCCCUGCCCCUGGACCUGGCCUGCCGUAUCUGGGAUGUGUUUUGUCGGGAUGGAGAGGAGUUCCUCUUCCGCACAGCCCUGGGCAUCCUGAAGCUGUUUGAGGAUAUUUUGACCAGAAUGGACUUCAUCCACAGUGCUCAGUUCCUGACCAGGCUGCCCGAGGACCUGCCAGCAGAUGAGGUGUUCGCAGCCAUUGCCACAGUCCAGAUGCAGAGUCGGAAUAAGAAGUGGGCACAGGUGCUGGCCGCACUGCAGAAAGACAACCGAGAAAUGGAGAAAGGAAGUCCAUCCCUCAGACAUUGAGGCUGCAGGUGUAAUUUUCACUUGCCACUGAAGCGGAUCUCUGAGUGACACCUGUGUGCUUUCAGACUGACACUUGGGAAGAACAGGGGCUCUUUCUCAUUGGAUUCCUGAUGCUGGAGUUGGCCUUAAACAAAGGAGCUUUAAAGAAUUAAACCUAUGUGCUCGCUUUGGCAGCACAUAUACUAAAAAAGAAUUAAACCUAGGCUUAGCCUUAAGCAGUUUAGUGGCCUGAUGUGCUGGCCUUGGCUGUGGCCAGCCACUGCGUUUUCUUUAUGGGUUAAGAUAGGUCAGUGGCUGUCCUCUCCCUCUCCUUUAUUUCAGCAGCAGUUAAUUAAAUUGCAAUGAUACUAUGCCAACUACAGGAAAGUACAUUACAUUUCUUCUUAGCCAAUACAUACAAGGAGUGGUCUUUAGGAACCCUCAGAGAUGUUAUUGGCUCAGAUUUUGGAAAAGAGAGGAAUUACUCAUUUAGUCACUGAGAUUACCUUUCCAGACCUGAAGGGCAACAUUUUAAACCUACUACCAAAGACAGCAUAAGGAAGAUGGGCCCUUCUAAGGUAGUUGCUGGUGAGUGUUCAUGGGCUCCUGCAAAUCCGCCUGACAUUUGUGUUGGCAUUUGACCAUGUUGCCUUGAUAAUUCCUUCAGGAAGGCUGAAAAUGCUUAUGAGGUUUCAGUGUGAACCUGUCCCUGACUCCACUCCUAGCGUCUAUCAAGCCCCAAUGGUUGGAGCAAGAGAGCUACUUGCCAAGAAGACCUGUGGACUAGAGACAGGUCCAAAAGCUGCUGGAAGCAGUCCCCUUUCUUACCUGUAUGUAUGGAGGCAGGUGCAGCUUCUGAAAACACGGCAGCGUAGAAGGUCAUUCUCCUGCUUUAGCAGGACAUCCUAAGUGUCAAUGGUUUCUCAUGCAUCUGGUAUUAAAAAAUGUGUUUCACCAACUGCUGGAAGGCCUGGGGAAUAAGCAGCAGCCCAGACAGUCCUACCAGAAUGCACACUAUCUGUACCAUUUUAACUGAUUUCCCCAAGGUAAUUGGUUUUUUGUUCUAGAUUUUCCUUGAUGAGAACUUACUAUAAGAAGUUUGAUUAUCCAAAUUCACAGAAAUAAGAAGUUUUUGCAUAGAACAGUGACUGUAGAAACAGGUUUCUACAUGGCCUACUAGUAUGCUGGUUCUUGGGGAUGUAGAAGGGAAGGCCAAAACUGAGACACAGUCAGCUGUUCAGCAAAUCCCACGUGGUUUGUACUCCACAGCCACCCUCAUUCAUGCCUCCCACCUCCAGAAAGCACCCCUGUAGUUUGAUCUUGUUCCUCUCACUGGGGAGCCCUUGACUGUGACCUUGCAACAUGCAUCAGAGGGACUUGGGCAGGCUAGAGGACAAGCCUCGUGGGAGCAUGACAAAUCUGCUGUGCCUGUUGGCAGUAUGUCAGCACAGCUGCAGGUUGUCAUCCUCAUGCCCGCCAUCCCCCUCCACUACUUGUUCUUUUUCCUGGAGUCCCAUUCAUACUCUCACAUGGCUUCUCCAGGGAGGCCUCCAAACAUCCUGGACAUGGCCCUGUGCCUCAACUUUGAAAGUCUGACUUCUUGGAGGAAGUACUGUCUUCACUGGCAGUCCAACAGCCUCCAGACCUAGCCAUUCCUAACAUCAAGAUGUUGAGUGUAACUCAGGCCCACUAGGCUGUAGGAAGUGGACUGCCUAGCCCUGUGUACUGUCCUUCCUCACAGAUGUACUUAGCUCUGUUCCAUGAUGUGAGUUUUCUGUUCUUUAAAGAUGUAUAUAUUUUCUUACUGCACAUAAAGAUACUCCUUUAGUAUGCAGAAUGAUGCAUCAGGGUUUGGGCAGCUUAUUUGAUGCCACUGUAGAGUUCCUGUGUAUUCACACCUCAGCUCUUCCAUUUCUUGUUUGUUGUCAACCUGGGCAUGCAUGAAGUUCUCAAACAAGACUCCACAGCAGCUCUGAGCAUUGACUGCUUUUCUUCUUGAGAAGAGACAAGCCUGGUGUGUUUUUAGGAGCCUUAGUGCUCACAUUCCUAUCUGCUGCACUGAGGGCUGCUGGCUGGCUCUUGCUGUAUGGGCUUCUGGUUGUCCUUAUCAUUUAGGUAACUUGAAAACAGACCCUGAAAGCUGCUCUGCAGAAGUCUGCCCUUCCCACCUCACCUGCCAUUGAUUGCCAGUCCUCAACUUCAGGGUGCUGGGCAGCUCACUGUAGAGGGCUGGCAGAGUGCACCUCCCGGCAUCCUGGGAGCAGUGCUUACUUCUAAGGUACUUCUUAAUUGCUCAGAUUUUGACUAUUUUAAAUAGUUUGCCCAAAAAAGUAACACUUGCUACAUAUCAUGUUUUAAUUGCGUGUACAGUUAACCCUUAUUUUAUUUAGUAACGUGUAUCAAAGUAGAACCUUUUGAAUUGUAAAUACAUGGUUUUAUUAAAAUAAAGUCAUGUAGAAUUGUUA